GUGGAAAAUAGAUGAGUUAAAAACGUAUUUAUUAUCAAGAGGUGUCCCACUUGGUUCAGGAAGUGCACGAAAAGCACUUUUGAUAGAAAAAGUUAUCAUGGCAGAAGCUUUAAACCUACCAUUGUUACCUACCACUGAUAACUGUAUUAAUGAAAUAAAUAACAGUCGAAGAAGGAAGUUAGUAGUUGACGAUGUUUUACAUCUUCCAUUUCCUGAAGAUUUAAAAAGUAACUGGCAAAGUGGAAGUCAAUAUCUUCCUAAUGCGACUUUAGAAGUCAUUAAAGAAUAUGCUACAAAUAAGAGUGCAAUGAAGGCAUUUAGAGAAGGAAAAAACUUGCAAUAUUCUGGGCAUGUUAAAGAUGUCGCCUUUAAUAACAUUGUUGACAGUAUUCGGUAUUGUUACGUUAGAGCUACUGUUGUUCCUCAGACAAGAAUAAACGAAAAUCCAUAUUUAGUUUGGGUAUGUUUUUAUGGUUCAGAAUAUGUUUUUACUGCUGAGUGUUCGUGUAUUGCAGGUUUCAGUUCAUCUUGUAAGCAUGUCUUUAGUUUAUUGCAUUAUAUUGAGAAUGAAGUCAGGUUAGGCCAUAAUAAAACAUGUACUGGCAAAAAACAACAAUGGGAUGUACGAGUUGAAAAGCGCCAAAAAAUACAUGAACCAUGUGAAAUAAAUUCAGUUAUUUUUAGGCGACCACAUUCUGAAAAUGAUGAUGUUGAACCUGGUCCAAGUAGAAACUUAUAUGAACCUCGAUCACGAACAGACAUUAAUGUCACAUAAUCAACUGAAGACUGGGAGAAUAUUGCUAAAGCUACCAACGGUAAUGCAAGUGUUUUGCAGUUUAAAAAAACAAGUUUUUAUAAGUUAGAUAUUGAUUUUACAAUUGCUACAGAAUAUCCUAAAACAAUUGAUGAAAUAGUUUGUAUAACCGAUAUGAAUUUGUUUCACUAUAAAUUAAAAACCUAUCGAACAAAUUCUGAUAUAAAAAAAAUUUGCAGUAUAACAACAGACCAGUCAUAUUCUAUUAAUUGGUUUAAAUAUAGAAAUGGUGUUAUUACAUCAUCAGUAUCCCAUGAGGUAAUUCAGAAAGUUAGUGAUAGGCAAACAAUUACAAACCCAACAUCCUCUUUUAAUUUAUGUGCAAAGAUUUGUGAACAAAUUGAAACUAUUUCCAGUAGUGCGCUAUCAUGGGGACGAAGCAAUGAAGAAUUUGCUAUCAAACGUUAUGUUAGAAAAAACAAAAAUUUACAUAAAAAUUUUAGUUGUGACAUAGCAGGCUUGACAAUAUGUUCUGAGUAUCCAUUUCUGGGUGCAAGUCCUGAUAGAAUUAUAAAUUGUACUUGAUGUGGAUUUGGUUUGUUAGAAUGCAAAUGUCCUUUUUCAGCAAGAGAUAAAACUAUUUCAGAAUACCUUUUAAUGUCUUCUUGUUUAAUAGUAAAAAGUAAUGAAAGUUUUGCAAUCAAACUUAAUCACCCUUAUUACACCCAAGUUCAGCACCAAAUAUUUGUUACAGGUGCCAAUUAUUGUGACUUUAAAAUUUAUUUACCCAAAGAAUCUUGCACAUUUCGUAUUGCUAAAGAUCCAAAUUUCUUAUUAAAGUGCCUACCAAAAUUAGUUACAUAUUUUAACGAUGUUAUGCUUCCAUAUUUAUAUGACAUAAAUUUUGUGAGAACCACCUACACCUGCAGUAAAGUCAUCCAAAGCCUUGUUUCACAAGUUGAAAAGGUAGAAAAGCAAAAUACAGCAGCAUUACAACUAAAACAAUUAUCAGAUAAUUACCAAAUGCUGUCCAAAGACUCACCACCAUCUUGUAAAAGAAAACUGUAGAAAACUAUAUAAAAUUAAUAUAUAUA